AUGAUAACACUCCCAUUUAAGUUUGAGGAGGACGUCAGUUUGGGGAAAAUCUCCACGCCUGAGUACCUCGACUGUGAGGGUUGCUUUAUGCUCAAUGAAUUGCCUCGGGAAACGGAGGUUCAAAAGUCCUUAAAGUACCUAAAUGUACUCCAUGCAGAGCUGAUAGCAUUGCCUCAGCAUCUAGAACAGCUGGAAAAUCUGGAAGAACUAAAUGUAGGGAGCCCACUAUUGACUGAGUUAUCAUCUUCUCUUUAUACUUUGAGCAGUUUAACAGACUUGACCCUGUUAGAAUGCACAAAUCUACUUUUUAUUGACAACUCUAUUGAAAAGUUAGUGCAUUUGGAAAGGUUUAGAAUAUAUAAUUGCGGAGUAAGAGCAUUGCCAGAAAGAAUUGCGUGGAUGAAUAUGAAAAUUUUUGAUGUUCAAGAGUGUCCACUGUAUUUCACUCACUUAGCGAUAGGAGUGGAUUCAGGAAAUAUGGCACCGGGUUGUUCACAGGCGCAGGGAAUCAUUGAUCACGGUGUUUAUCACAAUUGGUCAAGCUGCUUGACAAAUCUGAUUAUAAGACACGGCCGCAUUUUAAAGAUACAUAUUUCUUGGGCCGAAAGUCUUUUUCCCAAGCUUGAAAUUGUUGAUCUGUCCAGCAAUAUCUAUUUGAGAGAGAUCAGUGGCUUACCAGGUAGUUUGAUAACCCUGAUGAAUUGUUCAGAGUUGAGAACACUUGCAUGCCUCUCUACUUUGGUAGGACUUAAAGUUCUUGAUAUUAUUGGAUGGAUGUUGUAA